CCUGGGAAGCAAUCACGACGAGGACUGCUAUCAGAAAGGCUGCUGGGAAACACUCUAAGCCUGACACCGGAGGUGAAUGCCAAAGCAAAAAAGCAAAUGUGUAGGGAUGGAGAAAAAAAUAGCCCAGUGCAGCCAACCACACAGAGAGCCUGAUGAGCCCCAGCACAUAGCAUGAUAAAAAAAAAAGUACUGAGGAAAUCGACAACACUUUCUGAUGCCUGAUGUGAGUCAAUAGUACUAAACGCACAACAGCAUCUUGAGACAUCUUCUCUGGUGUAAUGCAAACAAAGGACGAGAAACAUUCAACUGAUCACUUUCCUAAGAUGACUUGCCUUACAGUGGCCUGGACAUUUGUGAUAUGUUAACGUUAAUCACAAAAAACACGUGUGUAAGAUGGACUGAAGGAAUUAGUUAGCUGCAGACUUUUGAGAUGUUACUAGCUGUACAUGUAAAUAUAUGACCAAAAAGCACUGUAAGUUUAUCUACAUAUCACUAGUCAACAUGGCCCUACAAAUAAGUUGUUAAUAUUUGCAUGCUCUGUCAUCACUUUUUAAGGUCAAUUCACCGGCACAUACAUUUGAAUGACUAACCACACAUAAACAGAGCUGAUCAUGUCACUAGCAAAGCAGGCACAAACGUGGUUCCCAACUCAUGUCCAAGCCACUGUUCUCCAAGCAACUGACCUACAAGCUAAGGGUAAGCACGGCAACAACGACGCCUACGCUAUCAUCCAGCUGGGCAAAGAGAAGUACUCAACAUCUGUGGCAGAGAAAACACUCAACCCAGUGUGGAGAGAAGAAGCUGCCUUUGAACUGCCUGGUCUGCUUCUGGAGGGCAAUCCAGAAAUCUAUGAAUUAUGCCUUAUCGUGAUGCACAGGUCCCUGGUGGGGAUGGAUAAAUUCCUGGGCCAGAGUACCAUCAAUCUCAAUGAUAUUUUUGAUAACAAGGAGCGAAGGAAAACAGACUGGUACUCCUUGGACUCCAGGCCAGGGAAGAAGAGGAAGGAGAGAGGGAAGAUCCAGGUCAGCAUUCAGUUCAUGAGGAACAACAUGACGGCCAGCAUGUUUGACCUCUCCAUAAAGGACAAGCCCCGCUCGCCCUUCACCAAACUCAAGGACAAGAUGAAGGGGCGCAAGCACGACGGUGGUCUCUCCGACACCACCUCAGCCAUCCUGCCCCGCUCCUCCAUGUGUGACUCGGAGACCCUUCGCCAACCCAGUGCUUCUGACCAUCAGCCAGAGCCCAAGAUCAAGAGACACCUACUGGCCGGCUCCCAUACGCUCUCUGCAGCCCGCUCCAUGUCCGACCUCAUUGGCACUCACUUCCGCCCCAAGCUGGACUCUAGAAACUCCAUGGAACAGCUGGAGAAAGAGAGUGGUGCUGCCCCUCACAGGCGCUCCCAGGGCGAGGUGCCAGGCUACCAGGACAGCGAGGGGCAAGGUGAUCCUUUUACUCAUAUCAGCGACGGCUUGCCGCAGAAGUACGCCACCCUCCCACGCAACCGCAACCCGUUCGAGGGGGAGCAGGGCCAGCUGUGGGACCGAGGGGAGAAAAAGGAGAAGAAGGAGAAGGUCAGCCUGCUGGAACGUGUGACCGGGAAGAAGGAGGGACGAAAGACCAACAACGGGGGGCGUUCGGGCAGCUCUGGAGACCUGCGCUCCAGCAACCCAUUCAGCAGCGACUCUCAGGGAAACACCCAACCAACCAACCCCUUCGUCUCACACAAAAAUACAAGCGAUAAAAAUCCCACCACUAAUGGAGACGUCCGAAAGGCAAGAGAGAACCACGGAAAGAAAAAUGAGACGAUGCAGACGAGCGCGGCUUCCUAUAGCAACUUAUCUUUCGACGAGGUGGUGCAUGAGCUCAUCAAGCAGAAGGGGGUGGUGAAAAAUAAGGACGCCCAUAUCCGUGAACUGGAAGACUACAUUGAUAACCUGCUGGUGCGCGUUAUGGAGGAGACUCCGAGCAUUCUACGGACACCCUACGAGCCCAAGAGGAAAGCGGGGAAAAUCUCCAAAAAGAACUAGUGUCAAGGUAAAGUUAGGGGUCCCAACGAUAUGCUCUUGUUUCAGUGAGGGCCCAUCCUAGCCAUUGAGAAAUGUAUUUGGGCGUAGAGAACAAAAAUGAAGAGAAGGGGAUUGACCCAUGCCAAAUCACCAUUUUUUUUUUUUGAAUUUUUAUUUUAAUAGGUUUUGCACGCUUUGAUUUGAGUGUACACCAGUUUCCCCAACAAUUUUAUUGGGAAGUGAAGUACACCCGACUACAUAAAUAUCUGACAUUUUGACUUGCAUUUUAACAAACCCCAUGGCUUUCCCAUAAUUAUAGAAAUACUAACCUGUGAAUCAGUUGUUGUGUAGUGAUCCACUCAUCCUUUGUUUUGUUAUUAUACCUCUUGCUCUGUUCUUUGCAUGACAUUUCUUUUGUUUUUCAUAUUCAGCCGAAUUGAAAGAAUGUGAGAUGACAAUGUCUCACAGAUCCAUCAGAACACCUUAUAGCAGAGACCAGUGGGAUAAGAAACAAAACUAGUGGGUUUAUGCCAUGCGCGACAGUCUCUUCAAGGUGUACAACGUUUUCACAAUAGUGUAUACAAUAGACCUGUGCACUUUCACACGCGUUUAACAUGGGGGGGAAAAAACACAGGCUGCUUCUGAGGCGAUUGUGUGCACAUGGAACCACCAUCAAGCUAGAUUUGCGUUGUAACACUAAGGCCAUACAAAUGUAAUUAAAUGUUUAACGGAUGGCCCUCUUCACUUCCCUUUAAAACAUUUUUAAAAGAGAUUAAGUCCUACUGAAAAAAUUGCAUGUUUUGAUCAAAAUAAUGUCCCCCCCCUAAAAUCACUAAAAUCACUUAAAAUCACUUGAUUAGAUCGCUAGGGGUUGAACUAAGACCUAAGGUUGCUGUAGUAUUUUAAAGGGAUUAUCUAGUACUUUUGUAUACUUUUUAGCUAGUCAUUAAAAAAUUAGCACUCACAAGCCAAAAGUGGUCCCCGAAAAUGGCCUAUGUCUCUCGCUCUGCUGUGGGUGCAUCAUGUGCAUCUUGCUAGCUGUCAUUCAUAUGGCGAGGUGCUAAAGUUAACUUGUUGAACUCGUGCUGCUAGGGGGCUAGCCCAUGUGGGGGGAAAUGGUGUAGCACAGUAUAAAGAAAAACUAGGGAUUUCAUGGCUAAUUGAAGUAAGACAGUAAUUCUGCUUAUAGAUUAUGCAUGUAUAAACUACUCAUUGACAUAUCCAGCCCAAAGUGGGAGGUUUAAAAGAAUACCGGAGCAUGUCUUUAAUAAAAGGGCUACUUAUUUUUUGUUUGUUUCGGCUUGCUCGCCUCCCUUUAAAAAUAUAUAUAUAUCUGUUUAAUGUUUAAUAAAAUAUAUAUGGCCUUAGUAUUAAAAUGUACCAAACACCGCGUGUUAACCUAUCACACUUGUGUGAAAAAAAAUAAGAAAAGUACAUAGUUUAUUGAAUAGGGUUUGAUGUGCUAAUUUGAAUAGAGCUGUAAUGACUGUUUACACUUCAGACCAAGAUGCAGGAUUAUGACACAAACUCUCACUCAGCCAAUCGGCCCUUUACACGCCUCUUACUGUCGGCAAGGAUUGUGUUGAUAUAUAUACUGGAGGUGUGAAUACAAUGUUAUCCGCCUGUCUGUGACCUUGAUCUGAGCCUUUUGGCAUUAGGAUGGUUUGGACCUCCCUCUUGACAUUUGCCAUGUUCGUACAAAAUGAUAUUAUUUAAAGUUACUCUUAUGAGGGUAGGUACUAAGCACUACUGAAUUCUUACUCAAGACAUUGCAUAUCCAAACACAGAUCUGAAAACAAUGUAACACUGCAUUCGAACUUUGUGACCUUCCAGUGAAAACAAAAGAAAAUAGGUGAACACUGUAUUUUCUCUGGUCAAUUUGAUGAUAUAGAAUGUCUUGGCAUCGUGCUGGUGCAGAAUGUAAUUGAGUGGAGGGAAACUAAAGACACUGCUAUUGAAGCCUCCUCCAGUGUUUACACCAAAGUGAAUUCAUUCAACGAGCUGCCAUUGUCCAUCAUAUCAACUCCGAAGUCAUUGCUUUUGGGUUUGUUAUUUCAGUUUAUUUUUUUAAUCAUAAGCUAGGUUUCCAUCCAAUUAGCGACAGAUUUUCAUUUGAAUAUUCAAACAAUUAGCCUAAAGACAAUAUACAUGUUUUCCCACCAGAGAUGUUUCCAUCAAAUGGCUCUGCGUGAUGUCCUUCUGUAGCUCAGUUGGUAGAGCAUGGCGCUUGUAACGCCAGGGUAGUGGGUUCGAUCCCCGGGACCACCCAUACG